AUGACUUCCGUUCUGCAGAUGAACAGCGCCGAUAGCGCUAAGCCCGCUAAUGCUGCCAACGGCGGCGAUAAGAACUCAUACCUCGCGAUGGUCGGCGAUGCCAAAGCCGAGGUAGAACGUCUUCAAGUCCAGCACCGCUGGAUUCAGAUGUGUCUUAAGGACAGAAUCGCCUUUGCCCCAGUUGACCUGAAGAAAGAAGGGCUAAAGGUCCUCGACAUGGGCUGCGCCGAUGGCACGCUCCUCAGGGACCUACAGAAACAAGUCCCACCCUCAGCCGAACUGGUUGGCGCCGAUGUUUCAACUGUCUUCAUGCCCACGUCAGCUCAGGGCAACAUCAGCUACGUAACCCAGGACGCAUGCGAUCCACCCGCGGGCGACCUCAAGGGCAAGUUCGACAUGACCCAUGUCCGCAACGUCCUUCACAGCACCAGCCGGUCUGGCGUUGAGAAGGCCGUGGCGAACCUUGCCGAAACCCUGGCGCCGGGCGGCUGGCUGCAGGCCAUGGAGUUGGAUGUCUCUACUGAGCACCCGGACCAGCCCCAGGCCCUCAAGGAUGUCAUCAAGAUCAUUGGCACCAUGAUGGAGAAGGCGGGCAUGGAUCGCGGCUACCAGCAGAAACUUCCCGGCGCCUUUAAGAAAGCCGGUCUGGAGAACGUGACCAUGGAAAAGGUCAAUUGUGGGGUUGGGAGAGUCCAUGCCAAUGAUGAGGAUAUGAGGCGGUCCAUUGAGCCCUUCAUGCGGACGAUACCGCUGGUCACUGGACAGGCCAAAGUUAUGUGCCCUGAGAUCCCUGCGUCGUUUUUUGAGGGCUUGCAGGAGAGAUACAUCAAGGAUAUGACGGAGAAGGGAGGAUUCUUCCCGGGAUUCAUCGUCUACGGGCAGAAGCCAAGAGAGUAG